UCAGUUUAUGGUUAAAAAAAACAAAAAAAAAUCGACUAGUUAGCAAAGGGAAGUAGAAUAGGGCAGACAUAUUUUAUAUCUUAGACUUCAAAAUGGCUUUUUCUCAAUCAAUUCAGAAAGGACAGGCUCCAUUGAGCUGUAAUUUAUGUGAAAUUGAGACAAAAAUCAGUUCAAAAUGCCUAGACUGUGAUUUACUAAUGUGCAUCAAGUGUCGUGAUAAAGUUCAUCCAAAGUUUAAAAAUGCAAAGGACCACAAAAUUGUGGAUAUCAAAGACAUCGCACUGUAUGCUGAAGAAAUGGAUUUCAAUAGUAUUAAAUGCCAAGAUCACAAUGGACAAAAUUGUUGCUUGUUUUGUGAGUCAUGUGACCAUUUAGUUUGUCCUCUCUGCAUCUCAAAGACACACAAUGGACAUGGCUUAAUAGAGAUAAGUAAAAGCUAUGAAACUAAACUACAUUGGCUGAAACAAGCACAAGUCAAAGUUCAAUCAAACUUGCAAAAAUUGAACAAAUAUGAUGCGAAAAUAGAAGAGAUGCAAAAAUCUGGAAAAGAACAGAGCAAAGACACAAAGGAGAAAAUUCAAGCUCAAAAUAAAGCUCUGAAAACAGCAGUUGAUGAAUUCACAGAGAGAAUGGAAACACAACUGGAGCACAAAAUUAGUCUUCAUCAGAAAUCCAUUGAAAAAGAACGAAUUACAACACAGCAAUCAAAAAAGAAAGUUGAAGAUCAAAGGUCUAAAUUAGAAAACAUUAUCAAUGCUAAGGAUGCCGCUGAAGUAUUAAAAUGCAGAGAUGAACUUCAACAGUCAACCUCUGGAGAAAUGGAACUACCUGAGCUAAACAUAAACCUUGUCCCAAUAUUUUGUCCAGGUGAAUUAACUCAUGAAGUUUUUGGCUCUCUACAAAACAACAUCUCAAUGAAAAUGACUAUUUCUGAACAAUUUGUUAUUGAAGUACCCAGGAUUGACAAGAUAUCAGUUUGCUGUGAUGAUUCCAUAUUCAUCAGUUGUCAGAAUAAGCCAGGUUUAUUAAAUAAAGUAAAACCUGAACAAGGAAAUCUGAAGGAUAUACACAGGAUAGAAAAACAAGUAUUUGACAUGACCGUUACUCAAUCACAAGACAUUCUUAUAUCAACUGGUUACUCAACACUUCAACUAGUUAAUGACAAAACUGGUAAAAUCACUAGUACAAAAUACAGUGUUGCUCCAUUACUUACUGUAGGUGUUCAUGUGACUAAUAGUAACAAAGUCAUAGUAGGAGCUAUUUCAGACUGGUCACCUACACCAGCAAGAAGCUGCGUCAUAACCAUGAAUGCAACAGGAGAACAUGAAACUAUAUAUGAAUAUGACAAAAUUGAUAAACCCAUCAUCAAUUUUCCUUGGAGAAUAAUAAGUACAAGUAAUGGCAGGAUAUGCAUUUUGGACAGACUUUCAAAUGACUUUAAUGGCCAAGUUGUGGUGUUUAAUGAAGGAGAAGUCAUUCAAGUCUAUAAAGGACAGUCAAAAAUCAAUAGCCCUGAUAAACCAUUUAAACCCACCAAUUUUGCAGUUACACCAUUAGACAAUAUUAUAAUAACAAACUUGAAUAUGGGUAUUUUUCACAUUCUGAAUAGUUCAGGACACUACAUUACCCACUAUGAUACAACAGACAUAGGUAUCGUCCAUCCGUAUUCCCUAGGUUUCAGCACAACAGGACUUCUCUAUAUAGGAUCAACAACAAGAAAAGGAUCAAAUGAUAAAGCUAAACUAUACAUAGUGGACAUAUCUGAAAACUUAUAUAACACUGGAUGAAAUCAUUAAGCUAAAAUGUACAUAGUGAACAUAUCUAAUUACAAGAGAGCACUGGAUAAACUGAUUAAGCUAUUAAAACUCUACAUAGUGAACCUUUCUGAAUAUAACAGACACAAUUAUAAGGCGGACCUAUACAUACUGAACAUAAUGAAUACUUAGAGAGAACACAAGAUAAAAUGAUAAAAAAUUAAACUAUAAAUAAUGAACACGUCCAAAUACUAGAGAACACAGGAUUAAAAUAUAAUAUUAAACUAUACAUAGUGAAGAUAUAUCUCAAUACAGAGAACAACAAUAGAUCAAACAA